AUGACGUCCACUGAUGCGAAUACUGAUAGUACUCAGACGAAGCAGCGCAUCACGACAGUUGUGCUAACAGUGUUAGCUAUUGCUUUUCUUGCUCUUCGGCUGGUUGCGCGACAGACAAAGUUCAUUGGUCUGGGGGCAGAUGAUUGGGUACUUGUUGUGGGAUUGAUCUUUGUGAUACUGAUGGCGGGAAUCAACUUAGCUUGUGUUCAAUAUGGCAUGGGACUGCACAUUGGCACUCUCAGAGAGAGUGACCAGCUCACUCUUACCAAGCUGGUCUUCGCCUUUGAGCCUGUCUACAUCACAACAGUGGGAAUUAUCAAAAUCUCCGUGCUGAUGAUGUACCGUCGUAUCUUCCCCGUGCGGUCCAUCAAAAUCGGAGGUUAUAUUCUAGGCACACUCACAAUCCUUUGGGUUAUAUCUAUCGUUUGUGUCGCCAUAUUCCAGUGUGAUCCGAUUGCGAAAGCGUACAAUCCGUUCCUCCCAGGAAAGUGCAUCAGUGUCAAGGGAGCGCUUAUCGGCAAUGGAGUACCGAACUUUGUUACGGACAUUUUGAUCCUUACCAUGCCUGUCCGACUGGUCUGGAAUCUUCAAGCGCAACUGUGGCAACGGAUUUCAGUGAUAUGCAUUUUUAUGACGGGAAGCUUUGUCGUCUUUGCAAGCAUUUAUCGAUUCAGUCUGGUUUUCGGCGUCGAUUUUGACGAUGUCUCCUGGAGUCUAGCUGAUCCGCAAAGCUGGUGCGUUGUCGAGACGGCGGCUGGUGUCAUCUCAGCCUGUCUACCCACCUGCGCCCCUCUUAUCAAGCUCGUUACCAAAAGGAUCAUCUCAUCCAGCCGUUCACGAUAUAAAUCCAAAUCGUCAGGUAUAACCCAGUCAACGGGUACCGUUACAAAGUCCCGCACUGGCCCCACUGGAUCGAUUAAUGUAGAAACAAGCAUGACGGUCACAACAGACGAUGAACCAUAUCCCAAGGGGCAGAGCUACCCGCUCGAUAAUAUGGGCCCCGGAACCCGCAAUAGCACCCAUUUGAAGGGCAAUGGAUGGACUAUGAUAGGUCAUGCUAGGGAUAGCGAUUCAUCGUUGGAGCGCCUCCAUGCAGGUGGCAGGGCCCAGGAAGGGCAAAUGGUCAAAUUUCAAAUUAUAGAGUCCACAAACGUCUAUGCAAGUAUCCGUAACCAAACGACUGUGUUUAGAUAUCUCAAGAUGGCAACCUCAUCCCCAAAGAAGAAGUGCGGUGUUCUUGGUGCCACUGGUUCCGUGGGCCAGCGCUUUAUCCUACUGUUGGCUGACCACCCUUUCCUGGAGCUCUAUGCUUUGGGUGCUUCUGAGCGCUCCGCAGGCAAGAAGUACAAGGAUGCUGUGCGAUGGAAGCAGUCUAGCCCUAUGUCAGAGACCCUGAGCAAUCUCGUUGUACGUGAAUGCAAGGCUGAGCUCUUCAAGGACUGUGACCUUGUCUUCUCCGGUUUGAACAGCGACAUCGCCGGCGAGACCGAGAUGGCAUUCAUCAAGGCCGAGAUUCCCGUUUUCUCCAACGCAAAGAACUACCGCAAAGAUCCCAUCGUGCCCUUGGUGGUCCCCACCGUCAACCCCUCGCACUUGGACCUGAUCCCCCACCAGCGCAAGCACUAUGGACUCAAGAAGGGUUUCCUGGUCUGCAACUCCAACUGCGCUGUCAUCGGUGUCGUCAUCCCCUUCGCUGCCCUGCAGGCCAAGUUUGGUCCCGUUGAGGAAGUUGAAGUGUUCACUGAACAGGCCAUCUCCGGAGCUGGAUACCCCGGUGUCCCCAGUAUGGAUAUUGUCGACAAUGUCAUUCCCUUCAUCAGCGGCGAAGAGGACAAGCUCGAGAACGAGGCCCAGAAGAUUCUAGGUUCAUUGAACGCCGAUGCUACCGCAUUCGACCACCAGGCUGGUUUACGUGUCGGUGCCACUUGUACACGUGUGGGUGUCACUGAUGGCCACAUGGCCUUUGUCUCACUCCGCUUCAAGAACAGACCUGCUCCCAGUGCUGAGCAGGUGAAGCAGGCUAUGCGUGAGUACCAGUCUGAGGCUCAAAAGCUCGGUGCUCCUUCUGCCCCGGAGCUUGCCAUCAAGGUCUUUGAUGAGCCCGACCGCCCCCAGCCCAGACUUGACCGCAACAUCUCCAAUGGCUACACUGUCAGUGUCGGGCGCAUCCGCGAUGGCGCUGAGGGUGGCUACUUUGAUAUCCGCUUUGCCGCUUUGUCGCACAACACCGUCAUUGGUGCUGCUGGAUCAUCGAUCCUCAACGCCGAGGUAGCUGUUAUCAAGGGAUACCUUUAA